AUGAAUGAAUUUUGUAUGAGUUUACUCCCACUUUAUAUUUUUUUCUUGGAUCUUUCAAAUGUCCAAGAAGUAUCACAAGAUAACGGAAAUACAAUUAUUAUCGGUUCAUCAUUUGGUAAUGAUACAACAUCAAUAAUAUUACAUUUCAAUGGUAGUACUCCAAUGUCACCGAUCUCCGUUUCCGACUCGAUGUUAACAUUUAAAUUUCCACAAACACACCAAAUUCAACACAUCACCAACUGUUCCAUUUAA